CGACCGCCAGAGCAGAGGCCGGAAAAUGUCAGUCAUCCCAGCCUGGAAAGUCCAAAAGGCAUUACCAAAUACUCAUAAUGCCUGUUAUGAGUGCGGAAAGUCGUCCUAUGCACAUCCUCCUCCCGCAUAUGUAUCUGAUGAUACCCAGUUGUACGUGGGCACCGGGCCUGGCCGCCCACGGGCUUGCGCGGCAUGACACGGUUAGAGCCUGGAACGAGCACGGGCACGAAAUAUAUGGCCAGCCCGGCACGCGCACGAAUUCUUUACGGGCCGUGCCGGGCCUGAACUUCAUGGGCACAGGUACGAGCACGGGCACAGCACGGUUUGUAAAUGGGCCAUGUCGGGCCAAAUAUUUUUAGAACCUUAUUGAGUAUAAGAACGGACAUAGCACAAAAAGAAUAUUAUUUUGAUAAAAAAUAAAUAUAAAAAGAACAAUAUGUUCAAAUAUUGCAAAAUAUAAGUGGCAAAAAUAAUUAUUUAUUGUUGUUAGAAGUGAAAAUAAAGAUGAAUACGUAAUUACUACCAUAACAAAAAACGAACGAAAAAUUAAACAAAGUAACUUCACACUCGUUAUACUUCCAAUUUUCUUUUUCCCAUUGUUCUUAAAUUUCUCAAACAUUCUCGGUUAAUACUUUCAUUCUCCAUCCAAUUUUCUCCUUCCUUUUCAUUCCUUCUUUUAAUUUCUUCAUUUUCAUUAACACAAAUAUGAGCACGGCACAAGCACGAAUAGGCACGGCACGAUUCAAGUCGUGCCCGGGCCUGGGCCGAGCCUAGCAAAAGUAACAAAUGGGCUUGGAUGGCACGACACAAAAGCUGAUGGGUCGUGCCAAGCACGACACGAAAUAAAUGGGCCUGAAGCGUGCUCGUGCCGUGCUGGCCCAAGCACGGUCCAACGCCCAUGUACAUACCCAGCCCUCAGAUCCAGUUUGGCGAAGUAGCCCGACCCAUGGAGCUCAUCCAACAUAUCAUCUACUGUAGGAAUGGGGAAAUGAUCUUUCAAUAUCGCUACAUUAAGGUCCUUGUAGUCGUUGCAGAAGCGCCACGUACCAUCCUUCUUCUUUACCAACAACAUGGGCGACGAAAAGGAGCUUGUGCUAGAACGAAUCAACCCAGUCUCUAGUAUAUCAGCAACAUGCUUCUCUAUCUUGGUCUUAUGCACGUGUCCGUAACAAUACGAUCGCACAUUCACUGCUUCUGUUCCCUCCUUCAGCCUAAUCACAUGACUGACCUAAUGAGGAGGAGGCAGGGUCGUGGGUGUCUCGAACAGCUCAGGAUAACGGUCGAGGAGGUCCUGCAAUACGGGCUCCAUCCCCUUCUUCUCGUCAACCACCGCCGGCUAGCACAUCACCAUCAAAUCUAUUUCCCGUCGCAGCACACAGUCUUUGAUGAAGAUCUCCCGCAAAGCCAUGGUAAGACCCUGUAAAGUCCAUUCCUUGUCUCUCCAUUUAAAACUCAUGGUGAACUUGAUCUAGUUACUCGUCAACGGACCUAAACUUCUCAACCAUGUCAUGCCCAAAAUAAUGUCAAAUCAUCGCAAUGGCAAUACGUAUAGAUCGGUUGUUACCUUAAGCCCUUGAAUUUCGAUAUUGAUAUCUUCAUAAGGCCCUGUCACACCGCAGGGGCACGCCAUUAACUAUCCGUACGGUUAUCAGAUUGACCUGUGUUGCCUCCUUCCCUAGGGUUUCAGCGAACCUUUCUCCCACAAAGUUCAGUGAGGCAUCACUAUUGACUAAUGCCAUUACCGGUUGUCCGAUCACCUGCGCUCGCAACCUCAUCGACUGGGGGUGUAUGUUUCGCCAGCGACAGCAAGGAUAACAUCACCGGUGGUGUCGCGUGGGUUAAGCCUUCCUCCCCAUCGACGAUUCCAAUUCCCAUCGCUGCUUCAGUCGCCAUGUGGCUCUAUUUCUCGGGGCAGAUUUCCUCCUCCACUAUCGUCGGCACCGCGGAGAUGGCCUCUGUUGGCCCUGCUCACCGUCCCUCAUCUGUCCGAACUCCUGCAGCGGCGGCCGGAGAGCCGCCUACCUUUGUCGAUUUUGCUGCCCAGAUGGUUUCAAGGGUCGCCUCCAGCUUGCCCAACAGUUCCUUAACGGUGAGUCGUGAUGUACUCAUCGGGGCUCUGAUACCAAGUUGAUAGAUUCAAGAAUUUCCCAAUUGGGAAUUAGAGAUUUGAGAAGAAGAAUUUAGGGAUUUAGAGGAAUUGGGGAAGAAUUGAGAGAAAAAAGAUUGAAGGAUUUGGGUUUAAAUUCUGGAAAAUAAGGGUAACCCCUUAAAUAGGAUUUUAAUAAUAAUACGAAAAUAACAAAAAAAACUCUACUCUACUCGGCCAUCCGGCUGCCCACCAGGCCCCUUACAUCGAGUUUCCAUCAGAAUGGGAACAUUUUAUUAGUGUUCGUGUUCAAUCUGGCACAUAGUCGUGCUUAGUCACUGCAGUUUAUAGUCCUAGUAAGGUGCAGGGCAGAGUAGUGUUAUAUGGUGAGUUGAGAAGGCUUGGAGUGUCUAGAGAGUCUGGAAUUUGUUUUGGGAUUUUUAAUGUUUUUGUUGAGAGUAGUGAAGCUUCUAACUGCCCUGGCUUUAAUCCAAGUAUGGUUGAUUUUUGUCUUUGGAUUGAGGAUAUGAAGAAUAUUGAUCAGAAGACAUUAGGCUCGUGGUUCACUUGGUGGAACAACCAGGUCAAUAAUCCAAUUGCUCGAAGAAUUGAUCGUGCUUUGGUUACUAAGAAGUGGUUGGAUGUGUUUCCUAAUAGUUUGUUUCAAACUAUUGCGCCUGGAGUGUCGGAUCAUUGUAGAAUUUUUGUACAGACUGAUUCUAGACUAUCUUUGUUACCAAAGCCUUUUAAGUUCUUCUUGUUUUGGAGGCUGUAUCCUCAAUAUGAAGAGCUUUUAAAGGAGGUUUGGCAAUUGGAGGCUACUGGGGAGCCUUAUCGUAUUCUAUAUAGGAAGCUGGGGGAGCUUAAACGCAAGCUCAAAAGUCUGCACAAAGCUGUCUACUCUAAUUUGUCGGUUAGAAAACGAGAAGCAGAAACAAUGUUGGAUUUGCAAAGUGCUAUGUUAUCUGAUCCUUCUGAGGUUAACUCAUAGGUUGUACUUGAGCAAGAGAAGCUAUAAAGGGAACUUCAAAGUGUUGAAGAGUUUUUCUAUAGGCAAAAGUCAAGGAUUCAAUGGAUCACUCAAGGGUAUGCAAACAAUGGAUUCUUCCAUGGUAUGGUAAAGGCUAGGAAUCAUAGGCAGACUAUUCAGAAGUUGAUAAAUGAUGGUGGGGAGGCAGUAACUGAUUUGAAAACAAUGAGUAAAGCUGCAGUGGAUUUUUAUAAAGAGCUUUUAGGGAAUGCUGAUGUUGUAGUUCAACAGCUCCCUAGCGAAUUAUUUGAGGAAUUAAUGUGUCAUAAGUGGACUGCUGGCGAUGUUGAGUUGUUGCUUACUCUAGUCACUAGGGAUGAGUUGAAAAAAUUGUUUUCAGUAUGAGUAAUGACAAGGCACCAGGACCAUAUGGAUAUAUUGCUAAAUUCUUUAAACUGGAUUGGGAGGUUGCGGGGACUGAGGUGGAGAAAAUUGUCUUGGAAUUCUUUAGAACUAGAGAAAUGCCUCGUCAAGUGAAUUCGACAGUUAUUUCACUCAUUCCAAAGCUUCUUGUAGUAGAACGGAUGAAAGAUUUUCGACUUAUCCUAUUGAAAUUUUAUCUAUAAAGGUAUUUCUAAGCUUCUAUCUAAUCGAUUGGCAUUGGUCUUGCCAAUCUUCAUUAGUAGAAGUCAUUCUGCUUUCAUUAAAGGUCGUUUAAUCAGUGACAAUAUACUAAUGGCUACGGAAGUAGUGAAGAAUUAUCAUAGGAGCAGAAUCUCCCUUGGGUGUGCUCUUAAGAUAGAUCUUAUGAAAGCUUUUAAUUUAGUUGAUUGGAUAUUGCUGUUUAAGGUUAUGAGUGCAAUGGGUAUGCCAUACUGAUUUGUCACUCUGGUUGAGUCUUGUGUUCAGUCUCCUAUGCUUAGUGUUACGUUCAAUGGACGGUUCGGUGGCUAUUUUCCAGCAGCUAAAGGGCUGAGAUAUGGGGAUCCGUUAUCACCCUAACUCUUUACAAUAGUUAUGGAGGUAUCCUCAUGCCUUCUCAAUAGGGUUGUUAGAAGUAGUCAUAUUACUUUUCACCCAAGAUGCAAAAGUUUGGAAAUCACACAUCUUUGUUUUGCGGAUGAUCUUCUUAUUUUUUUCUAAUGGUUCACCUCAAGCAAGUGAUGGGAUGCAGGAGUUGCUUGCUUAGUUCUAUUCAAUCUCUGGGCUCAAAUGCAACCCUCAGAAGUGUCAAUUGUUCUGGGCUGGGCUAUCUCUAGAAGAAAAGCAAGUCCUUUCUGAUCAGUCUAGGUUUCCUUUAGGCGAGUUACAGCUAGCACUGUUAGUACUUGGGUCUGGAGGAAGAUACUCAAAUGCAGAAGCUUGGCUCAGCAGCAUAUAACUGGAGCAAGUGCUAUAUUGGCAUUGGAUGGCUCUAUUCUUGCUAGAUAUUCAGUCAAGCAGGUAUGGGCAUCCAUUCGAACUUCUGGUCUUGUUGUGUCAUGGUCAUCUGUCAUUUGGAGCAAGCCUAUUUUUCCAAAGCAUUGUGUUAUGGUUGAUUAUACUAGAUAGAAUCAUAACAAAGGAGAAGUUGGCAAGCUGGGGUAUUGAUUGUGAUGUUAGUUGUGUUUUAUGUCCAGGGGGUUUUGAGAAUAGAGACCAUUUGUUUAGUAGUUGUUCUUUUAGCAGUGCAGUGUUGAGGAGGGUAUUGCGGGCCAUUUGUCUUUACCUUGGGUUUGCUAACUGGCAAAUGCAGCUUUCAUGGGCAGAAAUGGCUUGGAAUCCUCCUACUGAUAAAUCAGCAGUUGGGAGAGUUUUGUGGAUUAUGUGAAUUAGCACGAUUUGGAAGGAGAGAUAUGCGAGACUCUAUGGUACUACUGCAACGAAUUCCCCCAACCAAGUAAAAUGAAGAUACUCAAGGAAUUUUCUAUAUUUGCCAGCAGCCAAAUCCCAUUUCACUUGAGAGUACAGAAGGUUCUAGGAGGAGUAGUAUAGUAAUGUAAUGAUGGUCUUGGUAUUCUGUUUGGUAUUGUUAUUUGUUAUUCAAUUGUAGAAACAAGUGACACUUUUGAGAGGGAGGUUGCGAGGUGGACCUCCCUAGGCUUCAAUGCAUUUUUUAUUAACCAUAAAAAAAACUCAACUACUAAUGAAAAUAUGAAUAUUGUGUAUACUGAACCAAACUAAUGAGCUUCUAAGAUUGAUACAUUCAAUAACACGAUUGAAAUAUUCAUAUAUGAAUGUUGUGUAUACUAAAUCAAACUAAUGAACUUCUAUUAUUGAC